CUUGGCCACAUGAACUAUCACACUGUGGUCAAUAUGGCCACUUCGUUUCUUCUCUCAGGUAUGCCUGUCGACACUUCCUCCGCUCCCCCUAAAUGUGACCACUGCAUCCUCAGGAAACAGACUCGGUCAUCUGUUCCUAAGGUUUGUGUGGGCGAUAAGGCUUCUCGAAAGUGGGAGUUGGUGUAUGCUGAUGUCAUGGGACCUUGUGAUGGGACUGGGUGUGGAAACUCCAUAAAGGCCUCUAUGGUAUGA